AUGGGUAAUCUACGCUCAAACAUACGCAACAGCCGAAGAGGAGGGCUCGCUGGCCUAGGCAACAGUUCUACGAUAAUGCUUUCCUUAAUGAUAGUGUUGGUGGCGAUGGUAUCAAGGACAUCAGGAUAUGCAAUCAACUAUACACCCAGUGUCGACGACUCCAACCUCUUGAAGGAGCUGGCUGCACGAGGUGAAAUCCAUGUCGACCGGCGAGCGCCUCCACCACGACCGACCUUGGUGUUUAAGCGGAGGCAAGUUGGGGAAGACGAGGAAUCAACAACUACAGCCGAAUCUGCGGCUACCUCAACCGCGAAUUCAGCUGCUUCAACAACAGAGACAUCAAAAUCUGCAAAAUCAACCACCACGAAAAGCUCGUCAACUGGAGGAGACACGUCGGUAACUCCAACUACUACAUCUGGAAACACUUUACCUUCCGUCACAGUUGUCACUACAUCCCUACCUUCCGCAUUCGAUACAUCCUUGGGGAGUAAUUUCACCAAAUCCUCAUGCCCUCAAUUCUUCUCCAAUUUCCUCAGCAACUCGACAUUCCAAUCAUGCCUUCCAGUAUCUCUUUUUCUACAGAACUCCAACUCCUUCAUUCAGGUCGAGAAGUCAGGCCCACUACUCACUCAAACACUCGACGCGGCCUGCGACGCACCAUUAGCAGUCUGCAUGCCGUUACUCAGCAAUCUCGCCUCAGAACUCAUCGAAGAUGACAACUGUGGUACCGAUUUCGCGCGCCAGAACCCACUGGUCGUGCAGGCGUACUCGGGCAUGAUGGCAUAUGAACCCGUAUACCGAGCGACCUGCCUCAAAAGCAGUGAAACGGGAAAUUACUGUUUCAGUGACGCUGUCUUGAACAGAACUAACCCUUUCGACUUCUAUCCCUAUCUGACAGCUGUAGGCAUGACCUUGCCGGCGGUGGUACAACCCACAUGCAACCAGUGUCUACAUGACACAAUGGGUAUCUUCGCCGGCUAUGCAGGUACAGAUAAUCAACCUCUGGCGAAAACAUACACUGGAUGUGCCAAUCAACUGGACUCCCUGUGCGGUGCGGGCUUCGUCGCCACAAACGUCAAGACUGGCGCCGUGACCACGCCCGGCUCCUCCGGUGCCUCUGCACCCCAGAUAUCCGUCAUGACUGCUGGAUUGGCGACGUUGAUAGCGGCGAUAUGGUUAGGCACAUAG